GAGAGGAACAACAUCCUCAGUAAACAGGCAGCAGUACUGCAAAGUAACAUGGAGACGACUGUGGACAUGAACGACUAUCAGAACUCCCCUCAUGGCCAACAUGCCCAGGCCCCUGCAUGCCGACAUCACAAAGAGUACAGAUUGUACAGACUGAUUGCAAUGAGUUUUGGGAUUCUCUGUGUUCUGCAAGUGGCUCUUAACAUCUCCCUGCAUCUUGCUGGAAGAUCUUGUCCAGUGGGGUGGUUUACAUAUGGUUCCAGCUGUUACUAUCUUUCAACCUCACGCAGAAACUGGACUGAUAGCCGUGACCAGUGCCUAGAGAGGGGAGCAGAUCUGAUUGUUAUAAACAGUCAAGAGGAGCAGGAAUUUGUAAGAGCGCUCUCCGUGCAUGCUUGGAUUGGUCUCAGCUGCAGCGAAAAAGACAGGGUCUGGAAAUGGGUAGAUGGUGCACCCCUGACCAAUGGCACUGGAUAUUGGUCGCGAAGAGAGCCCAACAAUGCGAGAGGGAUGGAGAACUGUGUUGAAACAUGGGCUCGUGACCCAUCUCUUCAGACCUGGAAUGAUGGCAGAUGUGAAUAUGAAUUACAGUGGAUAUGCGAGAAGGCACCUUAGUCCAACGGGUGCAAAAUGGAGGCAUUAUGAGUGAUUUUGAGCUACAGUACAUUGGUCUAGUACAAUGCUGUUUGUAAAGAUCAUUAUUCACAUUUUGACUUUUGACAUGAUAACCACAAUAUACAGGGCUCUUUUACUUCCUUAAGUGGGCCAAGAAUUGAGUAAGUGGGAAAUCCCUGGGUCUGGGUAAGAAAAUAUGAUGUGGCUAAUAUGAAGUCAUCAAAACUGUCAGCCGUCAUGUGACUGAAAUUGCAUGACUUCAUGAUUGGUCACAGAAAUACGCAGGGCCCUCUCGGAAGUUGAGUGAGUUCAGUGAUUUAUGAUUUUGACUAUAUCAACGAUGUAAAUUUGUCAAAAAUAAAACAAGGUUCCUUAUU